AUGUUAGGUGGGUGUUUCAAGCUGCAUGCGCCUGUAUCAGAUGCUAUGUCCGUGGUUGAGCUUCGGGUUCACAUGGACUGCGAAGGAUGCGAAAAAAGGAUAAGAAAGGCAAUCUCCAAGCUGCAUGGUGUGGAUAGCAUGGAUAUAGACAUGGAGAAGCAGAAAGUGACAGUGAGAGGAUAUGUAGAGAAAAGGAAGGUAUUGAAAGUGGUGAGGAGAGUUGGGAGAAAAGCUGAGUUUUGGGCAUUUCCUUAUGACUCUGAAUAUCACCCCUACGCCGCUACCUAUUUCGAUGAAUCCAACUUCACCUCUUCCUAUAACUACUUCAUGCAUGGCUACAACGAGCCCACGCAUGGCUACUUCCCUCAACUUCCCUACUCCACCAUUGAUGAUCAUAUUACAUACCGUUUUAGCGACGACAACGUCCAUGCCUGUUCCAUUAUGUGACACUCUAUCAAUACUACGCGUCUAAUUCACUUUCAUUAAUAGGAGUACAUUUUUUUGUGAAGUUUUAUGCAUAUAUAAUGAUUUUAAUCAAAGAACCAGGGAAAGCUUUAUUUUUUGGAGUU